AUGAAGGAGGCCGAGUAUCAGCAUGCCAAGGAUCAUGGGCUUAUGCGAGAAUGUGAAUGUUGCUUUGUGGAGUUCCCAUUGAGUAGAAUGGUCAGCUGCGAGGGCGAGCCCAAUCAUCUCUUCUGUAUGAAAUGCCCUCGCAAGCUUGCUGAAGAAUUGAUUGGCCAAUCUAGAUACCAGCUGCAGUGUUUAUCGCUGGACGACUGCUCGGCGGCUUUUUCACUCUCGGAGCGCGCCAAGUUCUUAGACGAAGGCCUGGUGAGGGCCCUCGAACUCAUUGAACAGGAUGCCGUGCUGCGAUCCGCAAACAUCGAGGGGCUCGUGAAAUGUCCAUUUUGUCCAUUUGCCGCAAUCUGCGGCCCCACGGAGGAAAAUAGAGAAUUUCCUUGCCAGAAUCCAGAUUGUCUAGUCGUGAGCUGUAGACUGUGCAGGGCCGAAACACAUGUGCCGAUCUCGUGCCAGGAAGCUGCGCAAAAGGCUGGCGUUUCGGCACGGCACGAGAUUGAAGAGGCCAUGUCUGCCGCGCUGAUUCGAACAUGCAACAAGUGUGAUACACCGUUUAUCAAGUCUGUGGGAUGCAACAAGGUGUCCUGCACACGCUGCGGCAACAUCCAAUGUGACGUGUGCUCCGAGAAUUGUGAUUACACCCAUUUCAAGGAGAAUCGCCCG